GAAAAUUUCAAAAAAUACUAAACGCGAGUGAGAUAUUCGAAACAACUUUGUUGAAAAGUAAUUCAAAAACAAAAUACAACUCCAACAGAAUUGAAGAGUAACUUCAGGAACCCAAAAAGCCCAAUCCACAACGGGCCCAGAAAUUUGAUAGACCCCUUGGAUGCACAUCAUAAGGAAGCCAAAAUAAUUACAGUAGCCAAGGAAAGUCGUAAAAAGAAGAAGAAGAAGCGAAUCACGGACUCUUUACAAGAAACUCGUUUGCUGCAACCAUAACAAAACCAAAGCAAACAAAACAAAUCAAGUUGGGGGCCAACAUUAAGAUCCCAUAAAAGACUGAGCGGAAGUGAGCAAUAGUGUGUGUGUUGAGGUGUAAGAUAGAGUAGAGAGACACCCUGAACAUGGCACCGCCGCAUCAAAAGCGGCCCAGCAUAACCAACUGGUUCUCCUCGUUGCGUCGUCCGCCCAAGAACAAAAAGAAUGGUGGCGGCGGCGGCAUCAUUGGCAGCAGCGGCAGUUUUGGCAACAAGCCGCAGUUGCAGCGCAGUUGUUUCGAUUUGUCGUCGUCAGCCACAGCGACAGCGAUAGACUCAAAUGUAGUCGUGUCCAACAGUCGCAGCAGCAGCACCUUCUACAUAGCCCAGCCUCAGCCAAAGUCGACGUCGACGCCGCCAGCGGAAGCAACAACACCUGUCGCUGAAGACGAUGAUCGUCGACGCUUGAUACGCGAUGACAGCGGCAGCAGCAGCGUCUCUCAGCUGUGUGCGCGCUGCUUCUGCAAUUUGGGCAGCAGCCGCUCCGUCAGUGACUCGCCACCGCCCACAACUAAGCACCAACAACAACAAGCCUGUGCCGGCAAGCCACCGCCCAAGCCCCGAUCUCCCUCCCUGACCCCCUAUACAAGCGUGGCCAGCUACAAUUCCGCUGAGAUUCCUGCAGUUUCCACACUCACCUCCGAGACUGUGACCGCCAGCGAUGUGAGUCGAACGGCAGAACUGAUACGUUUGCCUUCCACUGAGCCGCACACACAACUCCUUUGCAAGCGUGCCGAGCAAACGAAUAGGACGACGACAACAACAACGCACACCAUGAUUAUCUCGCGGCCAGUGGAGCUGCUCCUCAACGAACGCGGCGAGAUUAUUUCCAGACGGCCCCAACAAUUGACGCGCAAUCGACGCUCCAACUCGCUGGGCUGUGUGCUGGACGAAGAAGAAGUUGGAGGCGGGGGCAUAGAUAACGGUGCAUUGGAAAUAGAUACCGAUGGUGGACAAAGCUCGGUGCUGAGCUCCCCCUUGUCCACCGGAGAGGAGGGGGAGUCGAAUGACUUGCGUUUCAUUGACGACAGCUCGAAUUCUCAGAGCGAAUCCGAACGCAAUUCAGUGAACAACAACAAUAACAACAACAAUAAUAGUAAUAAUCAUAAUAACAACAACACAAACAAUAGCAAUAGCAAGAAAAAUCACAACCAAAACGACAACAACAAUCACAUGAAUCUCUGCGACAUUUGUCGCACGGUCAUUGAGCGGAAUCGCAACAAUGCCGAGCAGAGCGCAAAUGUUGUCAUUUUGAGGAGACCGCAACAACAACAACAACAGCAGCAAAUCAAAGAUGAACUGUGCGAGGUUGUUUCCGAAAUGGAGGCACUCGAUGUGCCAGAAGACUGCAAGCAUUCCAACAAGGAUAAACAAAUGUCGAUUGGACGUAAAAAGUUUAACAUGGAUCCGAAGAAAGGUAUCGAAUAUCUUGUAGAGAAUCGACUAUUGCUCCAUAAUGCCCAGGAUGUGGCGCAGUUUCUCCACAAGGGGGAAGGACUCAAUAAAACGGCAAUAGGCGAUUACCUCGGCGAGAAGAACGAUUUCAAUGAGAAUGUGCUGAAGAAAUUUGUGGAGCUGCACGACUUCACGAACCUCAUACUGGUGCAGGCUUUAAGACAAUUCCUGUGGUCGUUUCGGUUGCCCGGCGAGGCGCAAAAGAUCGAUCGGAUGAUGGAAUGCUUUGCUCAGCGCUACUGCCAAUUGAAUCCGGACAUAUUCACCAACACGGAUACCUGCUAUGUGCUCAGUUUUGCGAUUAUAAUGCUCAACACAUCGCUGCACAAUCCAUCGGUCAAAGACAAACCCACCGUUGAGCAAUUCAUCUCAAUGAAUCGUGGCAUUAACAACGGCGGCGAUUUGGCCCGUGGUCUCCUCGAAUCCCUCUACGAAUCCAUUCGCACCGAGCCAUUCAAAAUACCCCAGGACGAUGGCAAUGAUCUGAUGCACACAUUUUUCAAUCCGGACAAAGAGGGCUGGCUCUGGAAGCAGGGUGGAAGAUACAAAUCGUGGAAGAGACGCUGGUUCAUAUUGAACGACAAUUGCCUGUAUUAUUUUGAAUAUACCACAGAUAAGGAGCCUAGAGGCAUCAUACCGCUGGAGAAUAUAUCGGUGCGUGAGAUCCAUGAUCGCAGCAAGCCGCAUUGCUUUGAGCUCUUUGCGACUGGCGGCGCUGACAUAAUCAAGGCAUGCAAGACUGAUUCGGAGGGCAAGGUUGUUGAAGGAAAACACACCGUUUAUCGCAUGUCUGCCGCAACGGAGGAGGACCAGCAGGAGUGGAUAAAGCGCUUGACGCAGUCAAUAUCCCAUAAUCCCUUCUAUGAUAUCCUAGUUCAAAGGAAGAAAAAGGCGCUGAGCAAAAGUUAAUAUUAGGCAGCAUGCGUUAGAGGAGACGCGCCUUCCAGGAUCUCAGUGAAGCACUUCAACAGUGUGUGUGUGUGUGUGUGUGCGUGUGCAUGUGUGUGUCUGUGUGUAUUGCCCGCCGCAAUCUUAACCUCACUCUUGUCGUCUAUCUAAUAGUAUACGUAUUCAUAUCCCUGGAAACAUCAUUUGUUCGCAGCCUGUUGUUGUUCGUUCAAUGUGUAACUUAUACUCAAAUCUUCAUCACACGCAGACGCACAUUAUUAUGUAAAAAUUGUCUCUAUUGUUGUGAUAUAAUUUAUUUACGUUAAGCAUUAAAAUACGAGAAACCUAUGUAAGGGGCAUCCCCCAAAAAGAGAAAUAUAAACAUGAAAAACUCUCCAUUAGUGCAAAUUAUACUUUUCAGUUACUUACAUCAUACAUAUUAUAUAAUAUAUGUCUUAAACUUA